GCGGGGAGCGAAGAGGGCCGGCCCACGUGGACCACCGGGCCGGGCGGGGGCCGGGGCGGCCGGUGGCCGGGCCAAUCAGCAGGGCUCGCGGUGGGCCCGGCCCCUCCCGGCCAGAGCGCCUGCAGGCUCGGCUCAGCACUGCUAGCUGCGCGCUGCCCGGACGGGGCGCACCGACCCCCUGCGUGCGGCUGCAGCCAGACCCCAGGAGUGGACUCGCACCCGCGCUUCUGCAGCCGCUGCUUUUCUGCGGCAGUUUCGGACUCGGAGAGACCUGGGAACUUUCACAGUGAGCCUGCGGAGGUGAUGGGCCACUGCCGGGGCGCCUGCGGGGAGGUGGCACGGUGAGCAUCCUCCGGCUCCGGUGCCGAGAUCCGUGCCUCGUCCUGGACGCGCCAGCCCGAUUUGGAUGCGGCUCUAGUCAACCCCAGACCUGGGCGAUUUCACUUGGACAACAAGCUGUGGAGUCGUGCUGGGUGUCCCUGAAUUUGGUCUUUCCAAGCUAAGAUAAUUUUUUGGAACUGCAGAAAUUGUUGGCCCUCGCUACAAAUGGGAAUUUGGAGUUGCUCUGAAAUCCAUUCUGAAAUAAUUGUGCUUGACUGGAACCAAAUCUUAUGAAGUCACCAAGGAUGAGAGUCUAUGCUAAAUCAGUGUUGCUGUCACACUGGGUCUUUCUGGCCUAUGUGUUAAUGGUGUGCUGUAAGCUGAUGUCCGCCUCGAGCCAGCACCUCCGGGGACACGCAGGUCACCACCAAAUCAAGCAAGGGACCUGUGAGGUGGUCGCUGUCCACAGGUGCUGUAACAAGAACCGCAUAGAAGAGCGAUCACAAACAGUCAAGUGCUCCUGCUUCCCAGGGCAGGUUGCCGGCACAACGCGGGCUCAGCCUUCUUGUGUUGAAGCUUCCAUCGUGAUUCAGAAAUGGUGGUGUCACAUGAAUCCUUGCUUGGAAGGAGAGGAUUGUAAAGUGCUGCCAGAUUACUCAGGUUGGUCCUGUAGCAGUGGCAAUAAAGUCAAAACUACAAAGGUAACACGGUAGCGAAGAGAGGUGUGCUUAAUCCUGGAGGAGCGACAGGAUGCAGAGGUCUCUUAAUUGGAUUACUGUCCUGGCUGGUUUGGGGGAAACUGUCUCGGAUUUCAGCAACAUCACAUUCGCAUGUGUGUGCUAUAAGGAGUGUCAUUUACUUAACUGUCCCAGCCCUCUCUGCUUCAUGAUUUUAUUACCUUGAAUUAUAGCCAUGGGCUGCCACACAAUUCACAUCCUAUCUGGAUCCCGAGGAACAUACCUCCAAGAAACCCGGGAGGAACAAAGCAGAGACUUCAAAAUGGAUCUCCACUUGGCCUUCCAUGUCUUUCUGUCUCCACAAAGGAACAUGGACGGGUUCACAGGGUCCUUAUUCUAUUCCUCUUUUGAACUUUUCCUUUAGCCCUUGCAUUAAAGUGGUUUGAAAGGGAUCUCAGUACCAAAACAUUUUGGCAAAACAUAUUUGCAGAUGUAGAUUAAUGAACUCUGAUUAACUGGUGAAGAAAAUUCAUUUUAUAAAUCUCAACAAAUAGACUUACCGGGGUUAUUGUGUGCGUAUUUGUAUUUUUGCUUUAGAGGAUUUAAAUUUUUUUUAAUUUUUUAAUUUUUUAUUAUGUUAGUCACCAUACGUUACAUAGAGGAUUUAAAUUUUUGCAUUUUAAGUUCUAUUGUCAGGUUAGCAGAAAUAAAAUAACAUUUUAACUUCUGUGCACCAUUUUACUGAGUGCUAAGGAAGUAUAUCUCAAACCUAAUAUUUUAUAACCAAAGCUUGAUCAUGACAUAGUCACAAAAGAAAUAAAACCUGUUGGGAUUUUUAUGGCUUAGGUGUAGUCAUAAAGGUAAAUCACUUAAAAUAUAAAACAGUCUCUGUUUAGAUCAAGGGUGAUUUCUAAGAUCCAGUUUGUGUCAAAUGUAUUAAAAUAUUUUGUUAGAAGUCUUGAAAUGUUGAAUUUUUAGGCUGUAAAUGAUUUAUUCUUAGCUCUUCUCUCAUUUGUUAGUCGUUUUAUUUCUUUAUAUGUAAGUAAAAUCUGAGCCAUUUUUUUCUUGGUUUAAUAAUUUCGCAGCAGACAUGUGUCCACAUAUUCUCAGAUGCUAUCAUGCAGAAAUAUAUUACAGAUGAAAAGUGACUGACCCAGAUUUUAAAUGCAUAAUGUCAUUAAAAUAUACACUACUGUAAUAUGGGAUUUUAUAUAUUAAGAAAUGCCAAAAACAUCCUUUCUGCACUGUUAAUUAUCCCUGUCCUUUCACAACCGGGGCGGAGUGGGGGGGGAGAAUAUUACUAUAACAUUUAUAGCAGUAACAGUUACAUCUACUUGACUUUAGUCUUGCAAAAAGAAUGGAAAUAGGGGACAUCCAUUUGUUGGCUUUGUUUGAAUUUGAUGGGAUGCUUACUAGAAUUAUUACUGUCCUAUUAGUAAGUAAAAAAUUCAUUCUGCUGAUGGCACAUAAGUUUUUGUGAUUAUUUUAUUGCCUUAAGACUUCAUGUUAAUACCCUAGGCUUGCAAAUUUUAAAUGCAAAUGUGAAAAAUAAUUAUACUUAAUUUUGGGCAUGUGAACUGUAUGGCAAA